AUGAGAUCCAGGAUGAGAGUGGCGCUGGUGUUUCUGGCCGCAGCGGUUUGCGUGUCAAGCGCUCAGACCAACAACAACAGCAAUGACAACAGGCAGCCGCCGCAACGCAGCGUCUGGGACGAGCCCAUCAGGUUCAGCACCAAGACCAGAGACUCCUGCACCAUGGUGGUGUCUGGAGCCGGAGACUAUACCCGCCUGCGUGUCUCCUGCAAAGGUCCGAGCCAGGGCCAGACCCCGGGGCGCUCCUACUACUGCGACUUCCAGGGCAAGCCCAACUUGUGCCGCGCCUACAACCGCAACCCUCGCCACUUCUUCACCCAGAUGAUGUGGGACAUGAGGAAGCUGAGCCACGCCUGCCAGGGACCCAAAGUCUACCGUCCGGCCAUGUGCAAGAAAUACCCGGACGAGGCCCAGAUUACCUUCCUGGCCUCCUGGCCAAAGACCGCCGUGCCAAAGACCGCCGUGCCCAAGCCCUCCAAGCCGGUCCAGGAGCCACGUAAACCGGCUGUGCCAGCCAAGAACAAGCCCGUCACCACUCCUAAACCUGUCAAGCCCCAGCAGCCCGCCAAGCCCCAGCCAGGCAAGGGCCCCCAGACCAAGAAAAUCGUCCCCAAGUCCGGGAAGACCACGACUCGUCCCACAGAGCAGCCUGAAUCCAAAGCCACCCGCGUCGCCUCCGAGUACUGCUGGAAGAGCUUCCAGGGCGUCUGCACCUACUUCAUCAGCUGGUUCCAGAACUGA